UCAUUGUUGCAGGUAGAUGUAGGUCUACAAGUUCUACAAAAAUUACAUGUAAAUGAAAUAUUGCAUACGAAACAUCCUGUACAUUUAGGUUAGCUUUAUUUCAGUCAGUUAGUGGGGCAUCUGUUCACGUCAGACGAUCUUCGAACACACGCCCAGCCUCAGCACCAGCGCAUCUUUUUUUUUUUUUUUUUCCACGCGCCUCUCCCCUCCACCCUCGGCCCCGCGUGACGCACACAAACACUGCCGGACCUACCCGAUCCUCGCGCUCUCCUCUCGCGCCUGCCUCGUUAUGCCUUUGAUCCCCGCCGGCCUGCCGCCAUGUCCGCUGCCGAUCGCUCCCUGCCGCCGCUGCUGAUCCUCUUUCUGCCGUCUUCGCUGCUGAUCUGCCUGGAUGGACCGCUGAGAGCGGCGGCAGAGGGCGGAGGCCUGUCCUCACCCCCAUCUCCGCUCGGGGACAAUGGCGUCCCAGCCGCCGUGGGAGACACCUCAGCUCUGGCUACAGAAGCCCAGUUUUCCCUGAAGGUUCUGGUGAGAGACCUGGUGACCCGCCGGCCGCUCGCUGGGGCCUCCGUGGACGUCUACCUGAACCACACCUCGAAGAGUUCAGCCCAGACGGGGGAGGACGGGGAGGUCCUGCUCUGGGUGCCCUACAAUCCGGGUGUUAGUUUGACUCUGCUGGGCAGUAAGGAGGGGUAUGUUCCCACCCCCCUGCCCUGGAGCACCACUAAGAGACCAAUUUUCUCCGCUGUGACGUUGCUGCUGCUCCCUCACAGUCAGGGAAACAUCUGGCUGUUUGAAGACUCGGUACUCAUCACCAGGAACUUACCUGACAGCUCAUCCCAACCUAAGGCCAAGUUCCCCAAGAACCUCCUCACGGUUUCUGAUAAAAGCAACAUCUCUUCACUGAUGGCAUACCUGACUGUGCCACAGCACCACCUGGCAAAGGACUGCACCAACUGCACCCCAGGGACCAUCAGCAGUAAAUCCGUGCUCAGAAGCAUCGAGCUGAAGGCAGUAGCAGCCGUCAGCAUUCAGUUGUAUUCCGGCAGCGAGGAGCUUCAGGUCAGAGGACCCAUCCAAAUCAGCCUGCCGCUGGAACACAACACUCAUUUGAGGUCCUCACACACAGUACCCGCCUGGGCCUUCAACAUGAAAACAGGCGCCUGGGAGAACCACGGUCUGGGAAUAGUUAAAGCAGUUGGUGACGAACUGGUUUGGACAUACACUGCAUCCCAUCUGGGCUACUGGAUCGCUGCCCCCCACCCUUCGGCAAAAGAUUAUUUUGGACACGUAAGUUCUAUGGAUUUCAUCUCUUACCACACCUAUCUUUUGGUGGGAAUACUGGGAGGAACUCUUGCCAUAGUGAUUGGAUUCCUGUCCUUGCUUCUCUGUCACUGCGGCAGUUCCCGUCAAGAAGCCACAAGGAGGAGAAGGGCCCGUUUUUCCAAACUCACUGUAGUAAAAAAAGACCAGACAACCUCCACCCACACUGAGGAGGGUUUGCUUCUCCGAUCUGGUGACAACAGCCUUGCCUCCUGCAGCGUCCAGUGUGAACCUUCAUCCACACCCAGACACAAAGCCAACUACAACAUCUACGUGGAGGAUCCGGGGAGUCUGACCGCAGCUCCACCUUACGACAAUAUCACUUCAGAUCGGAUGAAGGGGACUCAGCCUCCGCUGCACUACAUCAACAACCAGGACGUUGCUCGGAUAUGUGAGAAAGCAGAGCAAAAUCGGGCCAACAUGAACUCUGACAACUUUUUUCAAGACAAACUGGUUCACAUCUACAACCAGCCGUUGGCGAUUAUUCAAGCUCCAGAGCUGUUUGGUGUUCAGGAGCAGCAGCUACCAGGGUGCAAGGCUGCCACUUUCCCCAGGAACGGAGCUGAAUACGACACUCAUUCUGAGCCUGCGAGCAAAGACAACUACACCCAGACACUACCCAAAGUCCACUCUCAAGGCGGGAGCAGUCCACAGCAGGGCAAUCCGGAUGAGCCUCAGCCUCUAGAGACACCUCCACCAGGACAAGGUCCUACUGCUGGUGUCUGGGGACGAUAUAGUAACCUCCUGGAGUCCUCUGUAUCUGUGCCAGGGACUCUCAAUGAAGCAGCCGGUAUGGAGGCCUUCAGCAGCGGCCACAGCAGCGAGCUCCAGGGGAUUUCUGAACGCACCUUACUGGAACUGACUCGCGGCAAGUCCUCAUCGGCUCACCCCAGGGCUUGGUUCGUGUCUCUGGACGGAAAACCAGCCGCCCAGGUUCGCCAUUCCAUCAUUGAGCUCCAGAGUCGCCACCGGCCACCAAGCAGCAACGACACCAGCCUGGACUCCGGCGUGGACAUGAACGAGCCCCUGCAGAACAUCCGCGACGUGGAGCGUGACAGGCCAUCGAUGAGGGGCUCCUCCCUGCCGCAUCACGGCAGAGGCGGCCGUUACGUUGAGGAGCAAGACCUGAGCAGCAGCGAGAGCGGCACCACUGCCACUUGUACGCCAGAGGACCCUUCCCUAAGGAACAUUCUAGAUGGGAGCAGUGGAGCUAUUCCCAAUAUUCCCGAAGAACGGGACGGGAUGGAUACAUCCAGCGCACAAGAGGACAGCGAGUCGAAAGGUACACCGCCACCUCGACGACUUCGGAAGGUGAGAGAAAGAGGGAAGGCAGAGAAGAGAAACGCCAAGCACGUCCGGGAGGGAAGACCUUUGACCAAGAGAAGUUAGAGCUGCUUUAGACGUACACUUGAGUGACUGGAAUCACGUUCUCAAAUUUGUGUUUACUUAGGCAAUGUUGUUGUCGAGUCCCGUGAUUGUACAACUUUGCCAAAGAAAGCAUAAGCUGACUGAAGAUGUGCGGCACAUCUACAGUUUCACACUGAAUCCUGACACAGGUGCCGUUUAACCCUCCCGUUAUAUUGCGGGUCAAAUUGACCCAUUUUAAAGUUCAAAAAUCUAAAGAAAACUGUUAAAAGUAGUUUUUUUCUGUUUGGAAUUUCUUCUAUUUGACUUAAUAAGCAUAAAGAGCAUAUAAAAUAAAAAUUGGUUAUUUUAUAUAGUUUUAACUCCCUUCACAUCUACAUAGAGCAGUCAAAUGUAGGUGUAAAAAGGAUCGAAAGUGAGACUGUUUGUUUGCAACUGUGAGACUAAUUUCACCUGAUACACAGACACACAAACACACACCCUUUCCCUUUUCUCUUUACCUCACUAGUAAACUGUGAGAAGUCUUUUCUGUCCUCAUGAGCAAAUUUGAUCCAUGUUGAGUGGACACAGAGGAGGGGGCAAACCUAUGAAUAUACAAAAACAUUAACAUUGCACGAUGUAGUCGUUUUCAAAUUUUCAGCAUUCUUAAAAAGGGGGUGAGGGACUAAAAUAACCCCCGUGACAGCCCUAAAAAGUAAGAACAUUUUGUGCUCAUGAACAAUUUGCACAAAAGUAUUGAAAGUAUGACCCUUUACUACUAUGCUACCAAAGGAGGAGUAGACAUCUUGGACAAGAUUACUAGGUCAUACAGCACACAUGCAGUAAAAAAAGAAAAAAUAUAUCAUUUUCAUGUAUAACCACAGAUUUUUCUUUGUAGGUUUUCCUCGUGGAUGUUAAAAAAAUAAUGAAGAAAAUAUUGUUAUUGCCGUAAAUAUUGAUUGAAAUUGUCAGCAAUAAUCAGAUGUAAAAUUGUUUCGGGGAGAAUAUUUGGAUUCUGACACUACUGCACCGGAGGAUCAUUGCUACGCCACAGAAUUGAACAUAACGGGAGGGUUAAAAGGUUUCUGUACCUCAUUCUGUCAUUUCUUCAAAUCUGAACAUCACCAGCGAGAUUCUUCAAAGCUAAUACAAUGCGUAACCAUUCCCAGUGUUUGCAUUACAGAGGGUGCCUUUCUUACUGCCUGUAAUCACAAAAUGUAAUUAGUUUCCUUGUAUUUAUUGAAAAUCUGAAUCUGCAGGAUGGACAGUUGCACCUAUCCUCACCACAAAUGCCUGCUUUAAAUUCAACAAGCUUUCCUAAUUCUCAGUACUCUCACUUGAUUUUUGAACAUACUGCCUCAAAAGGACUGCAACACUGAACUGGAGAAAGACUCACACACAAGUACAGAGCUGCCACAUUACUUUCACACGUGAUAUACAAUAUUUUAGGUCUGCAGCUGCUUUUAUUUGCAUGAAAAUGAAUGUUUCCUUUAGGGAGUGAACACAUAGAGCCACAGAGUAAAUAGGAGGUCAGAAUAGCUUUUAGACAAAUCGGAGACCGAAUGUUUUUACUGUCAGGUCUUGUCAUACGACUCAGUGUUGCGCUGCCAAUUGUAACUAUUCCAGCUCUGGGAUUUUUACUCAACAGUUAGAGAGGAGUGAAGGAGCCGAUAUUUGUUUAUUUCCAAGUUUAGAAAUGUAUUCAGGGGAUCUACCUUAAUGGGUUUAUAUGCUUUAACGUCAAACAGGUUUUACUUUCAUCGUCCACUGAUGCAGUCAGGAUACUUUUAGGCCAGGAUCUUGAUACGUUUUCCACGUCGUGGUGCAUGAUUUGAAUGAUUGACUAUCAAAUGGAGGGUUGAAGUCGACUAAAUGUUUUGAUGCUUUUGAACUGCCAUGGGAGUUGGUCACAAACCUGAGUUUGCGAGUCAUAAAAAGCGAAAGCCGACAUCUUUCCUGUCAGUAGCUGCCGCGCAAAUUCAUGCAAACGCACAUCUUUGCGGUAGUUGUGAUAAACGGGGGGAGUCAUAGCAGGUGGGUUAGGUUUCCUGAAAAGACCCAGUCUGAUCUGACUUAUGAGCCAGGUGGUCAAAAACAGCAAAGGGAAAAGGCUUAAAGUUUCUGCUUAGGGAUAAAUACUGGCUCUGAUGUUGGUACCAGAGUUUAAAUACAAGGUUUCAGACAUGUCAUUUAUGGACUGGUACAUAAAGAGGGUUGAAGAGUACCCACUGCUACUACGCCUUUGGUAAAAAUACUGAACAAAACUAAAGUUCCAGGAAUCACUGCAACAAGACAAUAUUGCUCAUCCUUUAUAGGAUCAGUUCUUUUCAUGUAAGCUUAUAGGUCAGGCCAAAAGUUUGGAAGCACAAAGCAGCAUAUUGGUAUACUUUGCAACAAGAUAACAUAAAGAGACUUUUAUUAGAAUGUAUUUUGCUAUAUUUAUUAGGUGUUUCGAUUGAGCUGCUAUUUUCUUGAAAAUCAUUUUUGAAGAAAAGCAUUAGACAGUUUCCAAACUUUUGGUGUGUCUGUAUAUUCUGAAAAAUACAUAGAGGACCAAUAGCAUCAAUUUAAGAUAGAAUCCUUAAAAGGAUUAAGAUGACAAACAUGUAGCUACCGUCACACUGUCAUCAGUCCUGGGAACAACCAGCAUCGGUACGUAAAGUUACGAAGCCUUCAGAGACAUUUGAAAUUGAUCGGGACGAAACAGAAUAAUUCUCACCACAAAUGAAUAUUUCUUGCAAUUCAACUUCACCUUUAUAGUCUUCCAUUAUAGCUCUACUGCUACAUACUUUUAAUCACGAUUGAUGCUCGAUUCUGUAUAUUCAAGUGUUAUCUUUUAUAUGUAAAUACCAUUUUCUGUGAGCAGUAGUUUGAUGACGUCCAUCUUAUUUAUUUAUUUUUUGGGUUUCUAUUUGAAAGAAGGUGGAACAAUCUACUCGUGUUGACCUGACUUAUUUUAAGGUCAUCUCAGUGGACGGAGCCUUCUAAGACAUGUAGCUUGAUCACGAAUACACUUUCACUCACUGGUCAUCAGCUCGAAAACGCAACGUCUCCCUGCUUCUUCGGUGAGAUGAGAAGUAGUGUUCAACACUUUGUGCAGAUAUUCUUGUCGAGUACAAUAAACCUGUUGUCGCUCUGGUUUUCGUAGCGAUCCAGAUGAAUGUAAACUGUACUAAAUUUGCCGUGGAUCCAUCCACCGUCACGCCCCUUCGGUUUCUUCCAAACGGGCCACCGCUUGUGUUUUUACCUUUGUAGUGAUGUUAGUGUUCUUGUAGUUAUUGCAUCUUUUGAGAACUUGCUUAAUAAACUUACUUCAUACCAAAA